GAAGCCUGAGCGGGCCGAGCCGCCACCGCGGCCGGAGCUGUCCCUUAGCCAGACCCGGCGAGACACGAGCGGCGGGAGGGAGGCGGUGGCGCGCCCGGCCCCGCCCGCCCGACCGAGCGUCGGACGCGGCCCGGCGCCGAGCCAUGGAGCCUGAACCAGUGGAGGACUGUGUGCAGAGCACUCUCGCCGCCCUGUAUCCACCCUUUGAGGCAACAGCCCCCACCCUGUUGGGCCAGGUGUUCCAGGUGGUGGAGAGGACUUAUCGGGAAGAUGCACUGAGGUACACGCUGGACUUCCUGGUACCAGCCAAGCACCUGCUUGCCAAAGUCCAGCAGGAAGCCUGUGCCCAAUACAGCGGAUUCCUCUUCUUCCAUGAGGGGUGGCCGCUCUGCCUGCAUGAACAGGUAGUGGUGCAGCUAGCAGCCCUGCCCUGGCAGCUGCUGCGCCCAGGAGACUUCUAUCUGCAAGUGGUACCCUCAGCCGCCCAAGCACCACGACUAGCACUCAAGUGUCUGGCCCCUGGGGGUGGGCGGGUGCAGGAGAUUCCUGUGCCCAGUGAGGCCUGUGCCUACCUAUUCACACCUGAGUGGCUACAAGGCAUCAACAAGGACCGGCCAACGGGUCGCCUCAGUACCUGCCUGCUGUCUGCACCCUCUGGGAUUCAGCGGCUGCCCUGGGCUGAGCUCAUCUGCCCACGAUUUGUGCACAAAGAGGGCCUCAGGGUUGGACAUCAGCCAAGUACACUGCCCCCAGAACUGCCCUCUGGACCUCCAGGGCUUCCCAGCCCUCCACUUCCUGAGGAGGCGCUGGGCACCCGGAGCCCCGGGGAUGGGCACAAUGCCCCUGUGGAAGGACCUGAGGGUGAGUACGUGGAGCUGUUGGAGGUAACGCUGCCCAUGAGGGGGAGCCCAACAGAUGCUGAAGGCUCCCCGGGCCUCUCCAGAGUCCGGACGGUACCCACUCGCAAGGGUACUGGAGGGAAAGGCCGCCACCGGAGACACCGGGCGUGGAUGCACCAGAAGGGCCUGGGACCUCGGGACCAGGAUGGAACACGCCCACCCGGCGAGGGGAGCAGCACCGGAGCCUCGCCUGGGUCUCCCCAAGGAGCUGAGGCUGUCCCAGAGGUGGUAGUCUUGCAGGUGUCUGAGGCCCCAGCAGAGGCCUUGGGAGAAGCUUCUAAAUCUUGCCCCCUGAGGCCAGGGGAGCUUAGAGGAGGAGGAGGAGGCCAAGGGGCUGAAGGACCACCUGGUACCCCUCGGAGAACAGGCAAAGGAAACAGAAGAAAGAAGCGAGCUGCAGGCAGAGGGGCUCUAAGCCGAGGAGGGGACAGUGCCCCACUGAGCUCUGGGGACAAGGAAGAGGCCAGCCACCAAGAAGCCCUUGGCAAUGUGCCCUCACCAAGUGAGCACAAGCUUCCAGAAUGCAGCCUGGUUAAGGAGGAAUAUGAAGGUGCAGGGAAGCCAGAAUCUGAGCCAAAAGAGGAGCUCAAACCAGCAGAUAAAAAAGAGCCUCAGCCCCCAGAAGCCUGUGGGCCAACAGAAGAGGAGGCCAGAGAGAGAGAGCAGCAGGGGCCAGGUCUACUGUGUGUGGCAGGACACACAGACCCCGAAGGCUUCCUGUCUGACCCUCCAACACCUCCGCUGGAGACUGUGCAGGGAGGAAAAGGGGACAGCAUUCCGGAAGAGGGCCUUCCAGUCUCCAUCUCUGAUGACACUGAUGUAGCUUGGGACUUGAUGGCAUCUGGAUUCCUCAUCCUGACCGGAGGGGUGGACCAGAGUGGGCGAGCUCUGCUGACCAUUACCCCACGGUGCCCUCCUGAGGAGCCCCCACCCUCCCGAGACACGCUGAGCACUACUCUUCAUUACCUCCACUCACUGCUCAGGCCUGAUCUACAGAUACUGGGGCUGUCCAUCCUGCUGGACCUUCGCCAGGCACCUCCACUGCCUCCAGCACUCCUUCCUGUCUUGAGCCAACUUCAGGACUCAGGAGAUCCUCCCCUCAUUCAGCGACUGCUGAUUCUCACUCAUGAUGACCCUCCAGCUGAACUCUGUGGAUUUCAGGGUGCUGAGGUGCUGUCAGAGAAUGAUCUGAAAAGAGUGGCCAAGCCAGAGGAGCUACAGUGGGAAUUAGGAGGUCACAGGGACCCCUCUCCGAGUCACUGGGUAGAGGUACACCAGGAAGUGGUAAGGCUAUGCCACCUGUGCCAAGGUGUGCUGGGCUCAGUACGGCAGGCCAUUGAGGAGCUGGAGGGAGCAGCAGAGCCAGAGGGAGAGGAGACAGUGGGAAUGCCCAAGCCCCUGCAGAAGGUGCUGGCAGAUCCCCGGCUGACGGCACUGCAGAGGGAUGGGGGGGCCAUCCUGAUGAGGCUGCGCUCCACUCACAGCAGCAAGCUGGAGGGCCAAGGCCCAGCCACGCUGUAUCAGGAAGUGGAUGAGGCCAUUCACCAGCUCGUAUGCCUCUCCAACCUGCACGUGCAGCAGCAAGAGCAGCGGCAGUGCCUGCGGCGACUCCAGCAGGUAUUGCAGUGGCUCUCGGGCCCAGGGGAGGAGCAGCUGGCGAGCUUUACCGUGCCUGGGGAUACCCUGUCUGCCCUGCAGGAAACAGAGCUUCGAUUCCGGGCCUUCAGCGCUGAGGUCCAGGAGCGCCUGGCCCAGGCGCGGGAAGCCCUGGCUCUGGAGGAGAAUGCCACCUCCCAGAAGAUGCUGGAUAUCUUUGAACAGAGGCUGGAGCAGGUUGAGAGUGGCCUCCACCGGGCCCUGCGGCUACAGCGCUUCUUCCAGCAGGCACAUGAAUGGGUGGAUGAGGGUUUUGCUCGGCUGGCAGGAGCUGGGCCGGGUCGGGAGGCCGUGUUGGCGGCACUGGCCCUGCGGCGGGCCCCAGAGCCCAGUGGCGGCACCUUCCAGGAGAUGCGGGCCCUGGCCCUGGACCUGGGCAGCCCAGCAGCCCUUCGAGAAUGGGGCCGCUGCCGGGCACGCUGCCAAGAGCUGGAAAGGAGGAUUCAGCAACACCUGGGAGAGGAGGCAAGCCCGCAGGGGUACCGGCGACGGCGAGCAGACAGUGCCAGCAGCGGAGGGGCCCAAUGGGGCCCCCACAGCCCCUCACCCAGCCUCAGCUCCUUGCUGAUCUCCAGCAGUCCUGGGCCACGGGCAGCCCCAUCCCAUUGCUCCCUGGCCCCAUGUGGAGAAGACUAUAAGGAGGAGGGCCCUGAGCUGGCUCCAGAAGCAGAGGGCAGGCCCCCAUGGGCUGUGCUGAUCCGAGGCCUGGAGGUCACCAGCACUGAGGUGGUAGACAGGACAUGCUCACCUCGGGAACAUGUGCUGUUGGGCCGGGCCGGGGGGCCAGACGGACCCUGGGGAGUAGGCACCCCCCGGAUGGAGCGCAAGCGAAGCAUCAGUGCCCAGCAGCGUCUAGUGUCUGAGCUGAUUGCCUGUGAACAAGAUUACGUGGCCACCUUAAGUGAGCCAGUACCACCCCCUGGGCCUGAGCUGACUCCUGAACUUCGAGGCACCUGGGCUGCCACCCUGAGUGCCCGGGAAAGGCUUCGCAGCUUCCACCGGACACACUUUCUGCGGGAGCUUCAGGGCUGCGCCACCCACCCCCUGCGCAUUGGGGCCUGCUUCCUUCGCCAUGGGGACCAGUUCAGCCUUUACGCCCAGUACGUGAAGCACCGGCACAAACUGGAGAAUGGUCUGGCUGCGCUCAGCCCCUCCACCAAGGGCUCCAUGGAGGCUGGCCCUUACCUGCCCCGAGCCCUGCAGCAGCCCCUGGAACAGCUGGCUCGGUACGGGCGGCUCCUGGAGGAGCUCCUGAGAGAAGCUGGGCCUGAGCUGAGUUCUGAGCGCCAGGCCCUUGGGGCUGCUGUGCAGCUGCUCCGGGAACAAGAGGCCCGUGGCAGAGACCUGCUGGCCGUGGAGGCAGUGCGUGGCUGUGAGAUAGAUCUGAAGGAGCAGGGACAGCUCUUGCAUCGAGACCCCUUCACUAUCAUCUGUGGCCGAAAGAAGUGCCUUCGCCAUGUCUUUCUCUUUGAGCAUCUCCUCCUGUUCAGCAAGCUCAAGGGCCCUGAAGGGGGGUCAGAGAUGUUUGUUUACAAGCAGGCCUUUAAGACUGCUGACAUGGGGCUGACAGAAAACAUCGGGGACAGCGGACUCUGCUUUGAGUUGUGGUUUCGGCGGCGGCGUGCACGAGAGGCAUACACUCUGCAGGCAACCUCACCAGAGAUCAAACUCAAGUGGACAAGUUCUAUUGCCCAGCUGCUGUGGAGACAGGCAGCCCACAACAAGGAGCUCCGAGUGCAGCAGAUGGUCUCCAUGGGCAUUGGGAAUAAACCCUUCCUGGACAUCAAAGCCCUUGGGGAGCGGACGCUGAGUGCCCUGCUCACUGGAAGAGCCGCCCGCACUCGGGCCUCCGUGGCCGUGUCAUCCUUUGAGCAUGCCGGCCCCUCCCUUCCCGGCCUUUCGCCGGGAGCCUGCUCCCUGCCUGCCCGCGUCGAGGAGGAGGCCUGGGAUCUGGACGUCAAGCAAAUUUCCCUGGCCCCAGAAACACUUGACUCUUCUGGAGAUGUGUCCCCAGGACCAAGAAACAGCCCCAGCCUGCAACCCGCCCCCCCUGGGAGCAGCACUCCCACCCUGGCCAGUGGAGGGAUCUUAGGGCUAUCCCGGCAGAGUCAUGCUCGAGCCCUGAGUGACCCCACCACACCUCUGUGACCUGGAGAAGAUCCAGAACUUGCCUGCAGCUUCUCCUCUCAGCACACUUUGGGCUGGGAUGGCAGUGGGGCAUAAUGGAGCACUGGGUGAUCACUGAAUUUCUUCCCUCUGCUUCCUGGACACAGAGGAGGUCUAAGGACCAGAGCAUUGCCCUGCCACCACUCUCUCUAGUCUCCCUAGCUUGGUGCCUUUUCCUGCAGGAGCCAGAGCAGCCAUAUUGCUUGCCUUCAUACCCUGGAGGUGGGGAAGUUACCCCUCUUCUGGUGCUUUCCCAUCCUGGGCCACUGAAUCCAGGACAUCACUCCCAUGCCAGCCCUCCCUGGCAGCCCAUGUUCUCCUCUUUUCUCACCCCCUGACUCUCCCUGAGAAGAAUCAUCUCUGCCAGGUCAACUGGAGUUCCUGGUGACUCCAUUCUGAGAUGCCACAGGAAAUGGAGCUAUGCAAACAAUAAUAGGAGGGUGUGACGGGGAACUGUAGACUUUAUAUAUGUAAUCACUAUUACAAUACUAUUGUUAUAUUAAAUGUAUUUACGCAUACUUUGCCUC